CGAAUCAAUCAUUCAAGUUCCACUCACAAUGUCUCCCACCAACGCCGCCGCAUGGAUCAAGUCGGAAAAGGCCUUCCCUCUCGAGGUCGACUCCGCACCAUACACCCAACCUGGUGAAAAUGAAAUCGUCAUCAAAAACCACGCCAUCGGACUCAACCUCAUCGACUAUGCCCGUCAAAGCUUGGGAGCUGCUCUGAUCCCCUGGACCACCUACCCAACUAUCAUGGGCAGCGACGUUGCCGGGGAAGUGGUAGACAUCGGAGCCGGUUCCCGCGCCUCGCAAUUCAAGCUCGGAGACCGAGUCGUUGGCCUCACCGGGGGGCUGAAGAUCAGCCGUUCUGCAGAGGGAGCCUUCCAGAACUACGUCGUGCUCAAGGCGCAUAUGACGGCACCCAUUCCAGCCAGCCUCUCCUACGAGGAGGCCGCCGGCAUUCCUCUCGGCAUCUCAACGGCUGCGUGUGGUCUCUUCCAGAAGGACUAUCUCGCACUGCAGCACCCCACCACUCCCAGAGCUGCGUCAACUGGCCAGACUCUCCUCAUCUGGAGCGGCUCAUCAUGUGUAGGCAGCAACGCCAUCCAACUUGCCGUGGCGGCAGGCUAUGAAGUGUUCACAACCGCGUCGCCCCGGAAUUUCGACUUCGUCAAGUCCCUCGGUGCCAGCCAGGCCUUUGACUACAAGAGCGAGACCGUCAUCGACGACAUAGUCGCCGCGUUCAAGGGAAAGCCGAGUGCCGGGACUUUGGCAAUUGGACGCGAUUCGGUGGAGAAGUGCGGGGAGAUCGUGUCCCGGAUUGAGGGGAAGAAGUUCGUCGCGCUGGUCAAUCCGCCCUCGGGGCCGUUGCCGAACGGCGUCGGCUCCAAGUUUGUCUUCGGGAGUGACCUUGCGGAGAACGAGGUCGGUCCGGCGAUUUUUGUGGACUUUCUUCCGAAGGCGUUGGCGGAGGGGACGUUUGUCAGCGCGCCCCAGGUUGAGGUUGUGGGGAAGGGGCUCGAGGCGUUGCAGGAUGGACUGGAGGUGUUGAAGAAGGGUGUGUCGGCGAAGAAGUUGGUGGUUUCGCUGUAAUUUGCCAUGCUGUGAUGUUAUUUUGUUGGUCUUAGCGAGUUGCAUGUAACCGAGUUU